UGCACUGUCUUCACCUUCGGCCAGACCGGCUCCGGGAAGACCUACACCCUGACCGGGCCUCCUCCGCAGGGCGAGGGGGUGCCCGUACCCCCCAACCUAGCCGGCAUCAUGCAGAGGACCUUCGCUUGGCUGUUAGACCGGGUGCGGCACCUGGGAGCCCCUGUCACCCUCCGCGCCUCCUAUUUGGAGAUCUACAAUGAGCAGGUUCGAGACCUACUGAGCCUGGGAGCUCCCCGGCCUCUCCCUGUUCGCUGGAACAAGACCCAGGGCUUCUAUGUGGAGCAGCUGCGAGUGGUGGAGUUCGGGAGUCUGGGGGCCCUGAUGGAACUGAUGCAAAUGGGUCUUAGCCGUCGACGGAGCUCAGCUCACAGCCUGAACCAGGCCUCCAGCCGAAGCCAUGCCCUGCUCACGCUCUACAUCAGCCGCCAAACCGUGAUCCCCAUCGACCCUGAUCCUCCUACCCCACAGAUGCCUCCAGUGGACCCUGGGGAGCCCCCCGUUGGUGGGAAGCUGUGCUUUGUAGACCUGGCCGGCAGUGAGAAGGUGGCGGCCACGGGAUCCCGUGGGGAGCUGAUGCUUGAGGCAAACAGCAUCAAUCGCAGCCUGCUGGCCCUGGGUCACUGCAUCUCCCUGUUACUGGACCCACAGCGGAAGCAGAGCCACAUCCCCUUCCGGGACAGCAAGCUCACCAAGCUGCUGGCGGACUCGCUGGGGGGACACGGGGUCACCCUCAUGGUGGCCUGCGUGUCCCCUUCAGUCCAGUGCCUUCCCGAGACUCUCAGCACCCUGCGAUAUGCAAGCCGAGCUCAGCGGGUCACCACUCGGCCACAGGCCCCCAAGUCACCUAUGGCAAAGCAACCCCAGCGUUUGGAGAUGGAGAUACUGCAGCUCCAGGAGGAGAACCGCUGCCUGCGGUCCCAACUGGGCCAAGUACACCCCAAGGCCUCAGGGCUCAGUGGGGCCCGGGUGGCCUGGGCCCAGCGGAACCUCUAUGGGAUGCUGCAGGAGUUCAUGCUGGAGAAUGAGAGGCUCCGGAAAGAAAAGAGCCAGCUGCAGAGUAGCCGGGACCAGGCCCGGGACGAGCAGCGGGUCCUGGCCCAGCAGGUGCACGAGCUGGAGCGGCGCCUCCUCUGUGCCUGCUCCCUUCACCUGCCAAACCCCGGCCCAGCCCCACCGUGUCCCUGUGUGAUGGCACCAGCUCGCCCCUGCCACGCCCUGCCGCCCCUCUGCUCCUGCCCCUGCUGUCACCUGUGCCCCUUGUGCCGAGCACCGUUGGCCCACUGGGCCUGCCCACACAGGGGGCUCCAGCUGCCACAGGUGUUUGGCCCUAAGACCCCAGGUGGCCUGGCUCUGUCUGCCCAGCCCCCACCCUGGGCACCCCCAUGCAAUCCUGACUCUGCCGAGUUCCCGAGAGAGAGGAGUCAUAGCGACUGGACUAGGACCCGAGUCCUGGCGGAGAUGUUGAUGCGAGAGGAGGUGGUGCCCUCUGCACCGCCCCUGCCCAUGGGGCCUCCAGACGCGUCACCAGUGCUGAGAGGCGGGGCUGCAGUUCCAAACCUGGCCCGGAGACUGGAGGCCCUCAGAGACCAGAUUGGCAGCUCCCUGCGACGCGGCCGGAGCCAGCCACCCCCCAGCGAGGGUACACGGAGCCCCAGCCGAGUCCUCCCUCCCUGCUGA